UAUGUAAUCACCGACUACACCACGGAGUCAAUUUUAAAAAUGAAGGCACACAAGUGGUUCAGCGAUUUCGUUUCGGAAGGCGUCGUAGACUUCGCAGUGGUCGAUUGCGAGAACAUUCCCUCCAUCAAGCUGGAGCUCAGCAACAAGGAACUCAAGGAAGAGACCUUGUCGAACCCGCUCUUCGUCGUGGAGAACUACGUGUUCAGCAAUCUCCGCAACGACGCGAUCCGCGUGGAGAACGGCUCUCUCCAGCGCGGCCUGCUCUCCAUUUCCUGCAGCGACUCCUCCGACACCGCCAACCUCAUCCCCCGCAUGCAGUUCUCUUGGAAGUUCGCCGAGAUGCCGGAGGCCCUCGUGGAGUCCUACGACCCCUCGCUGCAGCAGGCCGUCGCCCUCUACCGCCAGUCCGUCAACAACGGCACCGUCCUCCUCCCCAUCGGCGCCGUCUCCAUGCUGCGCCAGCUCCUCAAGCUCGCGCGCCAGCGCCUCGUCCUCCUCGCCGGCGACAUCGGCUUCCGCGAUCUGGCGCGCGUGGCGGGCCCGCGCAACCCGUACAUCAGCGUGCACGGCUCGCUCUCGAUGCCGACGAACUUCCACGCGCUGGAUCUCUUCGUGCAGUCGCUGGAGGGAACAGUGUUCCACUCGCCGUAUCUGGAAGGGUUCUCGAACACGGUGUACGUGGUGGGAAUCGACGCGAAGACGCUGCCGUCGAUGCGCUGGAUGAUCCACCACGAGUUCUCGACGUUCAUCCCCGAGUCGUUCAACGUCACGCAGAAGUGUCUCAAGGAGGAAAGCUCGCCCUCGCCCUCCGUCGCCUCCGUCAUCGCCGUGCUGCGACUCUCCCAUUUCGACACUGACGUCUUCAUGAAGUUCAAGCAGGUGCUGAUCGAGCGCGGAGGCUACGCAGGGUCCUCGUCGGCCACGCGGAAGGACAUCUUGUUUGAUUUGAGCGCGGUGCGAAGCCAGUACUAUCCAAUCAAAUCCACCUAUGACGUCUGUUUUGAGCUCGCGCGCAUUCAUAUGGGAAUCAAGGAGUACGAUACGGCCAUCGCGCUUUUCGCUGAUUCCAACGAGAACUGCGCGGAUCAUCAUGUGACGUGGCACAAUAUGGGAAUGUGCUAUGAGUACAAGGGAGAUCUGGAGAACGCUAAGCGGUGCUAUCUGAAGUCGCUGGAGAUUAAACCCUCCUACAGAGAGUCGAAGCUGAAACUGAAUAAAUUGACGAGUGAGGUGCGUAGCGAGUCAGCCGCUUCAACCGUGUAAUGCUUGUGAUUUG